UUUUGGAAAGCUAAAAUCUUGAAAUCGGCCAAAGUCUUUAAUUCAGGAUUUUGGAAAGCUAAAAACUUGAACUCGGCGAAAAUCUUGAAUUCAGCAUUAUGGAAAGGUAAAAUCUGGAAAUUGGCCAAAAUCUUGAAUUCUGCAUUAUGGAAAACUAAAAUCUGGAAAUGGGCCGAAAUCUUGAAUUCAGGAUUUUGGAAACCUAAAAUCUUGAAAUGGGCCAAAAUUUGGAAUUCAGGAGUUUGGAAAGCUAACAACUUGAACUUCUCCAAAAUCCUGAAUUCAGCAUUUUCGAAAGCUAAAAUCUUAAACUCGGCCAGAAUCUUGAAUUCGGGAUUUUGGAAAGCUAAAAUCUUCAAAUCCGCCAAAAUCUUGAAUUCAGGAUUUUCGAAAGCUAAAACCUUGAAAUCAGCCAAAAUCUAAAAUUUAGGAUUUUAUAAAGCUAAAACUUUAAAUCGGCCAAAAUCUUGAAUCCAGGAUUUUGGAAAGCUAAAAUCUAGAAAUCGGCCGAAAUCUUGAAUCUAGGAUUUUGGAAAGCUAAAAUCUUGAAAUCAGCCAAAAUCUUGAAUUUAGGAUUUUGCAAAGCUAAAAUCUUGAAAAGGUCCAAAUCUGGAAUUCAGGAUUUUGGAAACCUAAAAUCUAGAAAUCGGUAAAAUCUUGAAUUAAGUAUUUAGGAAAGCUUAAAUCUUGAACUCGGCCAAAACCUUAAAUACAGGAUUCCGGAAAGCUAAAAUCUUGAAAUCGGCCAAAAUCUUGAAUUCAGGAUUUUGGAGAGCUAAGAUCUUCAAAUGGGCUAAAAUCUUCAAUAGAGGCUUUUGGAAAGCUAAAAUCUUAAAUUAGGCCAAAAUCUUGAAUUCAAAAUUUUGGAAAGCUAAAAUCUUGAAAUCAGAAAAAUCUUCAAUUCAAAAUUUUGCAACGCUAAAAUCUUGAUCUCGGCAAAAAUCUUGAAUUCAGGAUUUUGGAAAGCUAAAAUCUUGAAAUGGGCCAAAACUUUGAUUUCAGGAUUUUGAAAAGCUAAGAUUUUGAAAUCGCUCAAAAUCUUGAAUUCAGGAUUUUGGAAAGCUAAAAUCUUGAAAUCAGCCAAAAUUUUCAAUGCAGGAUUUUGAAAAGCUAAGAUAUUGAAAUGGGCCAAGAUCUUGAAUUCAGAAAUUUUGAAAGCUAAAAUCUUGAAAUCAGCCAAAAUUUAGAAUUAAGGAUUUUGGAAAGCUAAAAUCUUCAAAUCGGCCAACAUCUGGUACUCUGGAUUUUAUAAAGCUAUAAUCUUCUAAUGGGCCAAAAUCUUAAAUUCAGGAUUAUGGAAAGCUAAAAUCUUGAAAUCGGUUAAAAUGCUGAAUUUAAGAUUUUGGAAAGCUAAAAUCUUGAACUCGGCAAAAAUCUUGAAUUCAGCAUUUUGGAAAGCUAAAAUCUUCAAAUCGGCCAAAAGCUGGAACUCAGGAUUUUAUAAAGCUAACAUCUUAUAAUGAACCAAAAUCUUAAAUUCAUUAUUUUGGAAAGCUAAAAUCUUGAAAACGGAAAAAUCUUGAAUUCAAGAUUUUCGAAAGCUAAAAUCUUAAAAUUGGCCAAAAUCAGGAAUUCAGGUUUUUGGGAAACCUAAAAUCUCAAAAUCUGCCAAAAUCUCGAAGUCAGGAUUUUAUAAAGCUAAAAUCUUGUAAUCGGCCAAAAUCUUAAAUUCAUGAUUAUAAAAAGCUAAAAUCUUGAAUUCAGGUUUUUGGAAAGCUAAAAUCUUGAAAUCGCCAAAAUCUUCAAUUCAAAAUUUUGGAACGCUAUAAUCUUGAACUCGGGAAAAAUCUUGAAUUCAGGAUUUUGGAAAGCUAAAAUCUAGAAAUCGGCCAAAACCUUGAUUUCAGGAUUUUGGAAAGCUAAGAUUUUGAAAUCGCUCAAAAUCUUGAAUUCAGGAUUUUGGAAAGCUAAAAUCUUGAAAUAAGCAAAAAUUUUCAAUGCAGGAUUUUGAAAAGCUAAGAUAUUGAAAUGGGCCAAUAUCUUGAAUUCAGGAAUUUAAACAGAUAAAAUCUUGAAAUCUGCCAAAAUUUUGAAUUCAGGAUUUUGCAAAUCUAAAAUCUUGAAAUGGGCCAAAAUCUGGAAUUCAGGAUUUUGGAAAGCUAAAAUCUAGAAAUCUGCAAAAUCUUGAAUUGAGGAUUUAGGAAUGCUAAAAUCUUGAAUUUGGCAAAAAUCUUGAAUUCAGCAUUACGGAAAGCUAAAAUCUUGAUAUCGGUUAAAAUGCUGAAUUUCAGCUCUUGGAAAGCUAAAAUAUUGCACUCGGCCAAAAUUUUGAAUUCAGGAUUUUGGAAAGCUAAAACCUUAAAAUCGGCCAAAAUCCUGAAUUUACGAUUUUGGAAAGCUAAAAUCUUAAAAUCGCCCAAAAUCUUGAAUUCAGGAUUAUGAAAAGCUGAAAUCUUGAAAUCGGUUAAAAUGCUGCAUUUAAGAUCUUGGAAAGCUAAAAUCUUGAACUCGGCUUAAAUCUUGAAUUCAGGAUUUUGGAAAGCUAAAAUCUUCAAAUCGCCCAAAAUCUGAAACUCAGGAUUUUAUAAAGCUAAAAUCUUAUAAUGGGCCAAAAUCUUGAAUUUCUAAUUUUGGAAAGCUAAAAUCUUGAAAACGGCAAAUUCUUGAAUUCAAGAUUUUGGUAAAGUAAAAUCCUAUAAUCGGCCAAAAUCUGGAAUUCGCGAUUUUGGAAAGCUAAAAUCUUGAAAUCAUCUAAAAUCUUGAACUCAGGAUUUAGGAAAGCUAAAAUCCUGAAGUCGGCCAAAAUCUUCAAUUCAGGAUUUUGGAAAGCUAAAAUCUUAAAAUCGGCCAUAAUCUUGAAUUCUGGAUUAUGGAAAGCUAGAAUGUGGAAAUGGGCCUAAAUCUUGAAUUCAGGAUUUUGGAAACCCAAACUCUUGAAAUCGGCCAAAAUCUUCCAUUCCGGAUUUUCGAAAAAUAAAAUCUUGAAAUCGGCCAAAAUCUGGAAUUCAGGAUUCAGGAAAGCCAAAAUCUUCAAAUCGGCCAAAACCUGGAAUUGAGGAUUCUGGAAAGCUAAAAUCUUGAAAUCGGCCAAAGUCUUUAAUUUAGGAUUUUGGAAAGCUAAAAUCUUGAACUCGGCGAAAAUCUUGAAUUCAGCAUUAUGGAAAGGUAAAAUCUGGAAAUUGGCCAAAAUCUUGAAUUCUCAAUUAUGGAAAGCUAAAAUCUGGAAAUGGGCCAAAAUUUGGAAUUCAGGACUUUGGAAAGCUAACAACUUGAACUUCUCCAAAAUCCUGAAUUCAGCAUUUUCGAAAGCUAAAAUCUUAAACUCGGCCAGAAUCUUGAAAUCGGGAUUUUGGAAAGCUAAAAUCUUCAAAUCCGCCAAAAUCUUGAAUUCAGGAUUUUCGAAAGCUAAAACCUUGAAAUCAGCCAAAGUCUAAAAUUCAGGAUUUUAUAAAGCUAAAACUUUAAAUCGGCCAAAAUCUUGAAUCCAGGACUUUGGAAAGCUAAAAUCUUGAAAUCGGCCAAAAUCUUGAAUCUAGGAUUUUGGAAAGCUAAAAUCUUGAAAUCAGCCAAAAUCUUGAAUUUAGGAUUUUGCAAAGCUAAAAUCUUGAAAAGGUCCAAAUCUGGAAUUCAGGAUUUUGGAAACCUAAAAUCUAGAAAUCGGCAAAAUCUUGAAUUAAGUAUUUAGGAAAGCUUAAAUCUUGAACUCGGCCAAAAUCUUAAAUACAGGAUUCCGGAAAGCUAAAAUCUUGAAAUCGGCCAAAAUCUUGAAUUCAGGAUUUUGGAGAGCUAAGAUCUUCAAAUGGGCUAAAAUCUUCAAUAGAGGCUUUUGGAAAGCUAAAAUCUUAAAUUAGGCCAAAAUCUUGAAUUCAACAUUUUGGAAAGCUAAAAUCUUGAAAUCAUCUAAAAUCUUGAAGUCAGGAUUUUGGAAAGCUAAAAUCUUGAAGUCGGCCAAAAUCUUCAAUUCAGGAUUUUGGAAAGCUAAAAUCUUAAAAUCGGCCAAAAUCUUCAAUUCUGGAUUAUGGAAAGCUUGA